AUGUUCUCCAUGCUGCGUUGCGCCUUCGCUUUUCGAAGGUUGGGAUCGCGAGCUCUCCCCCUUCGGGCUCAGGGGCAAGGAUGCUCAGGUGUGCCUCCGCCGCCUCAAAAGGUCGGCAACAGUUUGUCUUCCCAAGAUUCCGUUGCUUUGUUCAUCGAUGGUGAGAACCUUUCGCCCGCCGUUCUGCGGCCAAUGCUUAAGGUUCUUGAGCAAAGUUCCGGAGAAAUCCUUCAAAGUCGUGUGUACAUUGGCAAACACCAGGCCUCCUUUGCUCGCGCAGCGGAACUGGAAGGUAUUGAGCAGAUUUCUGUGCCACAGAAUGGUGCUUCGAUGAAGGAGAGCGGAGAUCUCAUGUUGGCUUUGGAUGCUGCAGAGACUUGCCUUUCAGGCAGCUGCAAAACCAUUGCCAUCGCAUCAGAGGACUUGGAUUUUCUGAUUCUCCUCCGGAAGCUUCGAAGCUGGGGCUGCCGAAGCAUACUGCUGCUGCCACAGCGACCCAUGUCAAGGGCUCGGCGUCUUCAAGCGGCAGAGGCAGAUCAUGUGCUCUGCUAUGGGGAGGAGAAGAUCCAGACGGAGUCGAUGUGGAUCGAAGUGCCAAGAAUCCGGCUGGACACGAGGGCGCUGGAGACAUCUGCUGAGAUACAGGAGCCCGUCCCUACGUUGAGACCUCUCCUGACGGAGCACCGUGAGAGGCAAAUGGAAGAGUUGCAACGGGUGCUGCAAGAGCUCAAGUACUUGCCCGAGCCGCCCGAACAAGGCAUCAUGGUGGCCGCCUUGACCAAGUUCUUCCACGUGAACCGGUUGGGCACCUUAACCCUUUGGCCGUUACAUCAAGGCCUUACAGAGGCUUUUGCGGCGCUCGAGUCACAAGCAGGUGCUUGGCUACCAAACCCGGGCGAUCUGAUUUUUAUCUCACCCCGCGGCUCCGGAGACCACAGAAACAGCAUGGCCACUGCUUCCACUGCUUCUCGAAGCGGAACGCGGGACUUUGCCAAGAUGGCAACUGCUGGUGGACCCUUUCUUACACACGCAGGCCCGCAGUUGGUCGAGCAGGUGCUGCGACGCUUGGGUUUUCUUGGUCCAGGAGGAUUGGAUGAGGCGAUUGAACUGUUCUGCCGGACAAAUCGACAAGCGCUGUCGAAGUCUGAAUUGAAGGAGUCCUUCCACUCCAAGCGCGACAGGCUUCAUGAGAUCUUUUGUGAGCAACAUCGCCUUCAGGCCUGGCGUGUGGCGCCUCGAUGCGCCUCGGUGACUGAAACGCCUGCAGAGCGAGUUGGAAAAAAGGUCGGCUUGUUCUUAGCACACAUGGGUGGUUGGGCCUCGAUCCUCCUGGGCUCUGGUUUGGCCUUCAUGUUGAGCAGGGGAAUCUACCUCUUGAAACUUUCAGAAGUACCUUGGGCCAUGGUUUUCUCGUCCUCCCUUAGCUCGGCUUUGUUCAACUUCCUCAUCAAGUUCGGCUUGUCCAGGGAGACUCCUGUGACCACCAGCUUAGGCACUCAAAUAGGAAUUCCUUUGAACUUGCUGGUCGACGUGUUGAUCGUCCACAGCCAUUUCCAUUGGUGCCAGGCCGCAGGCGUUUUGACCAUGCUGCUGAGUUUCAGCGUGUGGCAUCACUCCGAGGCCGUUGCGCGUAAAUCAGGUGAUCUUUCCGUGAGGUUGUUGGAAGACGGGGCAAAGUCCUCGCUUUCCACGGAGCCCCAGUGA